AUGGCAACACCACCAUCAAUUGAUUUGGAAGAUUUCACUUGUAGUAUUUGUCGAGAAAUAUUCGAAAAUCCUGUUUGUCUUUCUUGUUCACAUUGUUUCUGUCAUGCAUGUUUAAAUGGUUUAAAGAAAUCACCGACAUCUUCAUCAUCAGAUUUAUCAUCAGUUCCACAAUCUCAAUCAUCAACUCCAACUCUUAUAUAUAAACCAAAAGUCCAUGAAACUAAUCAAUGUUUUAGCUGUGCGAUAUGUCGAAAAGAAUCAUUAGGAUAUUUAGACUGUCUAGAUUUAGUAGCUGAUUUAAAAACACUUGAAGCACCAUGUCCUCAAUGUAAACAAUCAUUAUUGAUAUGUAAUUUACGAAAACAUAUGGAACAAUGUACACAAACAAAGAAAAAAAUCAAUGUUAAUGAUAUAAAAAAUAUAUUUAAUCCUGAUUUUUUAAAACAACUAUCAACACCACAAGUUCAAGCUUUAGAAAAAGCACGAGAAGGAGAAAAUCGUUCAACAUUCCAAUGUCCUUAUUGUGUAACAGCAAAUCUUGUUGUAGAAGAUCUUUGUAAACAUAUUGAAGAAAAUCAUUUAAAUGAAGAACCACAACGUGUUUGUCCAAUUUGUGCAUCGAUGCCUUGGGGUGAUAAACAUAAGUUGUCGGCGAAUGUAUAUCAACAUAUUGUUUCUCGUCAUCGAUUUAGUUAUGAAACCUAUGUCAAUUACGAUCAAAAUGAAGAUGAUAUGAUAGCCGAAGCUGUUGAAAGAUCAAUGUUAUACUAUUAA